AUGCUACGAUUAAGAAGAAGUGCAAUUGCAAAGUUCAAAAGCCACUUCCUAGGUGGGGAUCAACGCGCUGUCAGUGCUGCAUCCGCACGGAAGUUCUCCACAGAAAAUUCCUUUCCAGAGAGCGCUGAUGUGGUCAUCAUAGGUGGAGGUUCAGCCGGCUGCAAUGCUCUGUAUCAGCUGGCAAAGCGAGGUGUUCGGGCGGUGUUACUCGAGAAAGCCAAGCUUACCGCUGGCACUACCUGGCAUACAGCCGGGCUUGUGUGGCGUCUACGACCCAACGAUGUCGAGAUCCGGCUACUGGCAGCGACUCGCGAUCUCCUGAUGAAUCUCGAGGAGGAAACUGGCCACAACUCUGGCUGGAUCAACAACGGUGGCCUAUUCAUCGCACACUCACCCGAGCGGCUGGACGAGUACCGUCGAUUGGCCACACUCGGCAAGUGUUUCGACAUUGAGUCACACAUCUUCAGCCCCGAAGAAGCCCAACAGGUGUUUCCACCACUCGACCCAAGCUCGUUCACCGGUGCGCUUUACUCUCCCGGUGAUGGUGUCGUCGAUCCGGCCAUGAUGUGUACGGCCCUUACGAAGGGUGCUACCGCGAACGGAGGGCUUACGAUCGAGAACUGCACCGUGACGCAGAUCGUGACGGGUGAGAACUUGAUCGGCAUGAAGGAUGUGCGUGGUGUCGUCACCAACAAGGGCAUGAUCCGUACGAACACGGUCGUGAACGCAACGGGUGUGUGGGGUCGUGAUCUGAUCGAACCACUCGGUGUCUACCUGCCAUUGAUCCCGAUGAAGCACGCGUACGUCGUAUCGGAGACGAUGGAGAGCAUCCAUCAGAUGCUGCCGAACGUACGAGAUCACGACUUUUCGCUGUACUUCCGCAUCCAGGGCAAGUCGAUCUGUAUGGGUGGGUACGAGAACAACCCGAUCCUGUUGAACCGCGUCCCGGGUGACUUCCAUUUUGGGCUGUACGAUCUCGAUUACUCGGUGUUUGACACGCACAUCCAGGGUGCGGUGAAGCUAUGUCCGGCUUUUGGUAGCGCUGGCAUCAAGAGCACAAUCUGUGGACCAGAAUCCUUCACGCCCGACCAUAAGCCACUGAUGGGACCAGACCCGACCGUGAGUGGGCUGUUUCACAGUGUCGGCUUCAACUCAGCUGGUAUGAUGCUGGGAGCCGGUUGUGCCGAACAGCUUGCCCAGUGGAUCCUGCACGAUCGUCCCGAUCGGCCGAUGUUCGCUUAUGAUGUGCGAAGGUUUUCUCCCAAGCAGAAAAAGGCACUAAACUGGGCAACCGAACGAAGCCACGAGGCGUAUGCGAAGAACUAUAGUAUUGUGUUUCCCCACGACGAACCGCUGGCCGGGAGGAACUUCACAGUCGAUCCGUUCCACAAGCAAAUGAUCCAGUACGGAGCGGUGAUGGAAGAACGGCACGGUUGGGAGCGACCGGGAUACUUCCUACCCGAGGAAACGGUCGUAGUGCAACCGUAUGACUGGUACGGUUACUACGACUACCCGAAGAACACUAACACGCACUACGAGGAAGCGCUUAAGGGUGAUUACUCGUUCGGGUUCUCCGAGCAUCACGACUUGAUUGGCGAAGAAGCACUCACCUGUCGCCACGAUGCGGCACUGUUCAAUCUUAGCUACUUCUGCAAGCUUUUUCUCACCGGUAGCCAGGCAAAGGAGGCUGCCGAGUACAUUUUCACUGCCAAUUUGGAUAAGCCCAUCAACAAAACUGUCUACACGUGUGCGCUCAACAAGCAGGGAGGCGUUGAAGCCGACGUGACGGUUAGCAUCGUCGAGUCUGGAUUGGGUGGAUUGCAUGAUCCCAUCUUCAAGGGCCGUGGGUACUACAUCGUGGCGGGUGGUGCUUCCGCCUACCACACCAAGUGUCACAUCCUUUCCACGAUCCAGGAAAAAGCGUUCCGAGCCGUGGUGAGCGAUCACACUGAGGAGCUGGGCGUGCUGUCACUGCAAGGUCCAAAGAGCCGCGAAAUUCUGCAGAAGAUCACCGACUUUGACCUAUCGAACGAUCAGCUGUUGCCACCGAACUCGACCGCCAUCCUGACCGUGAAAAUCAACCCACACUACAGCUGCAAUGUGCGCGCGCUCCGUGUCAGUUUCGUCGGCGAGUUGGGCUACGAAUUGCACAUCCCGGAGGAGUGCUGUAACGAUGUGUACAACGCGCUGAUGAAGGCUGGCUACAAGGAGAGUCUUCGGAACGCUGGCUACCGGGCACUUUACUCACUUAGUAGUGAGAAAGGUUACCACCUGUGGGGAUACGAUCUGCGCUCGGAUGACACACCGAUCGAGGCGAAUUUGGGCUUCGUUUGUAGGAAGAACGGCGAUUACCAGGGCAAAAAGAUCAUCGAUCAACAGCUGGAGCAUGGUGUCACUCGGCGGCUCGCGUUCUUCACCCUACGCGAUCAGGUACCAGUGUGGGGUUUGGAAGCGGUCUACCGAGACGGCGAAAUCGUGGGACAUCUGCGACGCGGUGAAUAUGGGUACACGCUCCAGAAACCGAUUGGGCAGGCGUACGUUCAGCGAUCGGAUGGCAGCCCGAUCACCAGCAAGUUCCUGCAGUCAGGCCGGUACCAGAUCGAGGUGAUGGGCAAGCUGUACGAUGCCGACUGCCAUCUGAGAAGCCCCUUCGAUCCGAAGGGUCAACGGUUGCUUGGAAUCUACAAAUAAAUAAC